UCACUCUGUUAUAAGUCUUUCCCACCCAUCACCUUCUCUACUGAAGAAGAUCAUACAAACCACUGCGGCUUUGAGUUCGUUCCGCCCAGACGGGCCUCGGCCUUCGACCACAGCCAGUCGGAUUCCAAUGGCUACCGCUGUCUCCACCGUUGGAGCUGUUAACAGAGCAUCGCUGAGCUUGCACGGCUCCCCUGCUGGAGCUGCUUCAGUCCCGAGCUCGGCCUUCUUGGGCUGCAGCUUGAAGAAGGUGAGCUCCGGAUUCACCCACCCGAAGAUCUCAUCUGGAAGCUUCAAGGUGGUUGCGGAAGUAGAAGAGGAGAAGCAGACCGAGAAGGACAAAUGGAAAGGACUUGCCUUCGACACCUCAGACGAUCAACAGGACAUUACCAGAGGAAAGGGAAUGGUCGAUUCCCUCUUCCAAGCUCCCAUGGGAACUGGAACCCACUAUGCUGUCCUGAGUUCAUACGAGUACCUUAGCGCUGGUCUUCGCACGUACAAUUUGGACAACAACAUGGAUGGCUUCUACAUUGCUCCUGCUUUCAUGGACAAGCUCGUCGUUCACAUCACCAAGAACUUCAUGUCCUUGCCUAAUAUCAAGGUUCCCCUCAUCUUGGGUAUCUGGGGAGGCAAAGGUCAGGGAAAAUCUUUCCAAUGUGAACUUGUCUUUGCCAAGAUGGGAAUCAACCCAAUCAUGAUGAGCGCCGGAGAAUUGGAAAGCGGUAACGCUGGAGAGCCCGCGAAAUUGAUCAGGCAAAGGUACCGUGAGGCUGCAGACAUAAUCAGGAAGGGGAAGAUGUGCUGCCUCUUCAUCAACGAUCUUGACGCAGGAGCUGGUAGGAUGGGUGGAACCACCCAAUACACAGUGAACAACCAGAUGGUGAACGCUACCCUCAUGAACAUCGCCGAUAACCCGACAAAUGUGCAGCUUCCAGGGAUGUACAACAAGGAGGAGAAUCCCCGUGUACCCAUCAUCGUCACCGGUAACGACUUCUCCACACUCUAUGCUCCUCUCAUCCGCGAUGGGCGUAUGGAGAAGUUCUACUGGGCACCCACCAGGGAAGACCGCAUUGGUGUCUGCACUGGUAUCUUCAAGAGCGACAAUGUUCCCCAGGAGGCCAUCAUCAAGAUCGUAGACACAUUCCCAGGACAAUCAAUCGACUUCUUUGGAGCUCUGAGGGCGAGAGUGUAUGACGAUGAAGUGAGGAAGUGGAUUUCAAGUGUUGGGGUUGAAAGCAUUGGGAAGAAGCUGGUGAACUCCAAGGAAGGACCCCCAACAUUCGAACAGCCCAAGAUGACACUGGAGAAGCUGCUUGAGUAUGGUAACAUGCUGGUUCAAGAGCAGGAGAACGUCAAGAGAGUGCAGUUGGCAGACAAAUACUUGAGCGAAGCUGCCCUUGGGGACGCCAACCGAGAUGCCAUUAAAAGUGGAAAUUUCUAUGGUUAGCACCCUUUUAUCCUUUGCGGCCUUCAUGGAUUUGGGAGGCAAUGCAGCCCAACAAGUGAACAUUCCCGUCCCUGAAGGUUGCACCGACCCAAUUGCAGCAAACUAUGAUCCCACGGCAAGGAGUGACGAUGGAACUUGCUCUUACAAACUCUGAAGGGUCUUCUUUCUUUGUCAGAAAAUAGGGGGCUGGCUAUGAUUAAGAGGGAAAAGUUAGAUCACUCUAAAUUUAUAAUCAGAAGCUCUGUAAUCUAAAUUGGAUUAGUUAUCUUCUAAUUUUGUGUUGUGCUGUGUACUUUCUCUGUAGUCUAAAUGGAUUAGUUUGCCUUGGGGAGGAGAUUGGUACUCAA